AUGCCUCGAUCAUAUACGCGAAACCCCGCCGCCCCAGCGCAGGACAUCAACAUCACGAUCCCGCACGGCGACCCUUUCAGCCACGACGACAGCGUCAUCGAGCAGUAUCUCGCUGAGUCGCAACGUGCGCGGGGGUUGCAGCCGGGCUUGGGGGACCCAAGACAGGAUGCGGAGCAUAUUGUGGAGAUGAUGGAGAGGGCUGCGGAUGGAUUACCGCAGCGGGUGGGGAUGAUGGGGAGGGAAGUGGCGAUUCAGAGUGCUAUGAGGAGGUUUGUGGGGUUGGGGCAUAAUGUGCCUGGGUUUAAUUAG